CAUCUUUCCUUGCUUAGAGCGUUUAUGUUCUUAGAGUUGUAAACUCAUUGUUAGAAAUGAAGUCUUGAUUAGCACUCCUUUAAUCUUUAUUGUCCCCCUUCGAAAGGUGAAAAUAAUUUAGAAGGAACAAUACAAAUGAGGCUCUCAAAUCAUGAUAGCCCCACGUGGUGGUACAGUUGUUUAAAAAUCUCAGCUGUCUGCUGAAUCCAGUUUGUUCUUUUUAUUCGUUUAUGAAUCCCUGGUUAUUGAGAAGCACUUAAAAUACAUGUUUAAAACUUUUUUCCCCUUUAAUUAAAGGAAAGCCUUCAUUCCACAAGGCUGGAAUUGUUUUUCUUAGAGAAAAACAAGCUCUCUGUACAACUUGAUUCUUCAAUACUACAGAAAGAAAUUGUUGGGAAAGCUCUUUUAAGAACAGAGAUGCCAGCAAAAAAUACCAUUUUCAGAACACAGUGUGGGGUGCUGGGAUUUGAUGAUUCCAAUUCUGUCUUCAUUUCUGGCAUAGUUCAAUCUUAACAAUUCACUCACAAAUCUCUUGCCUGAAAACACAUUUCUAAAUCCCCUCUGAGCAACUAUCUCCUGGGUCAUACUCAUACAUCAGGAAAAACAAAAGAACCAACUGAGAUUUGUGUGUGCGUGUGUGUGUGUAAAGAAAGAGAAUAAGAGCAGGAAUGAAAAUACGAUAGGCUCUUUUUUCUACUUUCCCUUUCCUUUCCUGGGAUCUGGACGUUUGAAGGAUAAAGAAAUAAAGAGGGAGCCUCAGGUUUUCCAGGAACCAGCAAGGGCUGGUAUUUGUAUUUAAAAGCAACUGGGGAAAAACAUUCCCAAAGCGAAGUUCCCAACCCCUCCCUGGGAAUCGAUCACGGAGCCUAGUCCCAAUUGGGGACCAUUGGGCGAAGGUUUCCUCUUUCAUCCUUCUCCCCACAGAUCCAGAGGCGGGGGUGUGAAGGGACUGUGGGUGCCGGGGUGCCAGGGACGAGACGUCCGGCCGCGGGGAGGGGAGGCGGCGGCUCUGGCCCCGGAGCUGCCCCGCCCGCUGCCGGAGAACAAACGGGAUAUUCAGCAGUGGCCUGCGGCUGCCAGAGCAACUCCUCCGGGGAAAUUAAGCGCAGAGUCAGACUGCACCGUAAUCGCCUUUAAAAGCACCCCCACCCCGCCUGCCGCGCACACCCGGCUACCUGGGCUGCCCCGCGGCUUUGUGUGUGUGUGUGUGUGUGGGUGUGUGUGUGGGUGUGUGUGCGCGCGGGUGGAACAGAGCAAACCGGUGUGCGAGACUGUUUUUGCCGGAGUGUGAGCCUGGGUGGGUGCAAGCCGGUGUGUGCACCGCGGUGUGGACCAGUGCGUGAGCCGAAGUGCGCGGCGGCUUGCGCGCCGGUGGGGUGCAAGCCCCGAGCGUCUACACCGGCCAUGAGGGGCGCGAGCGCCUGGGCCCCGCUGCUGCUGGCCGCUACCGCCCAGCUCGCGCUGCAGCAGCCCCCGGAGAGACCUGUUUUCACAUGUGGCGGCAUUUUUACUGGAGAGUCUGGAUUUAUUGGCAGCGAAGGUUUUCCUGGAGUGUACCCUUCAAAUAGCAAAUGUACUUGGAAAAUCACAGUUCCUGAAGGAAAGGUAGUUGUUCUUAAUUUCCGAUUCAUAGACCUCGAGAGUGACAACCUGUGCCGCUAUGACUUUGUGGAUGUGUACAAUGGCCAUGCCAACGGCCAGCGCAUUGGGCGCUUUUGUGGCACGUUCCGACCUGGCGCCCUUGUGUCCAGCAGCAACAAGAUGAUGGUGCAGAUGAUUUCCGACGCCAACACAGCCGGAAAUGGCUUCAUGGCCAUGUUCUCGGCCGCUGAACCAAAUGAAAGAGGGGAUCGAUAUUGUGGAGGACGCCUGGAAGGACCUUCUGGCUCUUUUAAAACCCCCAACUGGCCAGAUCGUGACUACCCUGCAGGGGUGGCCUGUGUGUGGCACAUUGUAGCCCCAGAGAAUCAGCUUAUAGAAUUAAUGUUUGAGAAGUUUGAUGUUGAGCGAGAUAACUACUGCCGUUAUGAUUUUGUGGCUGUGUUUAAUGGUGGAGAAAUCAACGAUGCUAAAAGAAUUGGAAGAUAUUGUGGCGAUAGCCCACCUGCGCCAAUUGUAUCAGAGAGCAAUGAACUUCUCAUUCAGUUUUUAUCAGACUUAAGUUUAACAGCAGAUGGAUUUAUUGGUCACUACAAAUUCAGGCCAAAAAAACUGCCCACAACUACAGUGCCACCCAUUACCACCACACCCGCCAUAACUGCAGGUUUAAAACCUACUGUGGCGCUGUGUCAACAGAAGUGUAGACGAACUGGGACUCUGGAGAGCAAUUAUUGUUCAAGUAACUUUGUGUUGGCCGGCACCGUUAUCACAACCAUCACUCGAGGUGGGAGCCUGCAUGCCACGAUCUCCAUCAUCAACAUCUAUAAAGAGGGAAAUCUGGCGAUUCAGCAGGCAGGCAAGAACAUGAGUGCCAAGGUCAUUGUGGUCUGCAAGCAGUGCCCUCUCCUCAGAAGAGGUCUAAAUUAUAUUAUUAUGGGCCAAGUGGAUGAAGAUGGGCGAGGCAGAAUCAUGCCAGACAGCUUUAUCAUGACGUUCAAGACCAAGAGUCAGAAGCUCCUGAAUGCCUUAGAAACCAAGCAGUGUUAA